AUGCAACUGGCAGCUCCAUCAGAAAACCAAUUCUUUAGCGAUGAGGUUGCGGCUCAGACUGACUUUGAUGUAGAAAACAUCAAUGACAUAUGCUACCAAGCAUCUCUAAGUGAGCCUCAACUGUCCUUCUCCGUGGAUGAAGUAAAAGCUGCAGUCAAGGAACUAAACACAGGCAAAGCACAGGACGGAGCCAACCUACAAGUCGAACAUUUUCUCUACGGAGGUGAAGGCGCAUACAAAAUAACGGCACAGCUCCUCAAUGCAAUUGCUACCCAUAGAAAGAUACCCCUCUGUAUGAAGCAGGGUAUUCUCUCGCCAAUCUACAAGAGAAAAGGCGACAAGAAGAACUCUGUAAACUACAGAGGGAUUACAAUAAUGCCUGUUCUAUACAAGAUCAUUGAAGUUUUGCUCCGAAAACAUCUGAAGGAAAUAACGGACCCCAUCCAAAGUAGACUACAAAGAGGCUUCACUGCAAAUGCGUCUCCUCUACACUGUGCUCUCCUGGUGCAAGAAGCUCUGCUCGCGACCAAGUCCAGUAAACAAGAUUUAUUCACUGCCUUUCUUGAUGCCAUGUCUGCCUGA